AGGAUACGGGUUGAACGGUGGUGUUCCGAACGGGUCACGUUCUUGGCUUAAAACACGAAUCGGCGCGUGGUUAAAGAGCGAGGACUUUUAGGGUUAAAACCUGUUACAGAAGAUGAAGUAUGAUCAGCGUAAACCUGGGAUAUAGCUGCGUGCCACUCCGACGAAGUCCUCGCGUUCAUCUGUUUGUCUCUAAGUUGAAUUUCCAGUACAAUGGAUGCUGAAGGAUAUAGAAAUGACCGGCGCUGUGCAGAUGCGGAAAAUUUUUGGUAUGUGACGCCAAAAUCAACAGAUCAGAGGGCCAGAGAUGGAGAAAGUUGGAAGCUGGUGGAGGUAUUUCUUUCAGGCGGUGCACCAUGGGGAUUUACACUCAGAGGGGGACUGGAGCAUCGGGAGCCACUGCUCAUAACCAAGGUUGAGGAGGGUAGCAAGGCAGCAGCUGUGAAUCUCCAGGUGGGAGACGAGCUUGUCAGCAUCAACGAAAUUUCCCUGAGUGGCUACAGACAGGAGGCGAUCUGCCUUGUGAAAGGAUCCCACAAGACCCUCAGUCUGGUAGUUAAAAGGAAUUUGAAAAUGGUGGAUAUUGUAGCUCACAAAAUGCCCUCUGAGAAUGACGUGCAUGUGGCAAGAAGCUUUCUUACGAAGAUUUUGCGAAGCUCCAUGAGAAAGAACUGCUAUAAAGGGAGGAAUGAACCCAUAAGCAGGCCUCACUCCUGGCACUCAACCAAGUUCAAUGAAAGCCAAUCAGAGGCUGGCAAAACACAGUCUCCACCCACGGCAAUCUGGCACACCAGAUAUGACGCAAGCUCAUCCGCAACUGAUCUUUCAGCCAGCUGGGAGAAGACGAACCUGUGUAGAGUGUCUGACCAGUUCAGCUCCCUCGGCAGCAUGGACAGCCUAGAGCAUGUCUCACACUCAUAUCCUGCUGGCCAGCUGUCUCCUGCCAAGUCAAACAACAGUAUGGAGCACCUCGGAGGAGGGAAGAGAGACUCGGCCUACAGCUCCUUUUCCACCAGCUCUAGCACUCCAGACUACACAAUCUCUAAAAGCAAUGCUGCCUCGACAGAGAACAUGCUUUAUAAAGUCAGCCAGUGGGAUACAGGAGGAAAGCACAACAACGGCAGGAACGGUCAGAGUCUGGCUGCAGAGGGAGUCAGACAGGAUGACAGGCUCACAUACUUUCAGAUGCCAGGAGUUAGCUCAGCCCACGACGGUCCACAUGCUGAGGACUCCGCUGGCUGCCGCCAUUCAACUUCAAGCAGAACCAGCUUUGGACCAGUGUGGAACGUCCCUGAGAAAAAGAAGACCACCUCACCAUCUCCUCCCCCUCCUCCUCCACCUGCACGCAGCGAUAGCUUUGCUGCAGCACGGGUUCACGAAAGAGGGCUGGUUACAGCACGUCCCGAAGGAUCUGACUCGCACUCGGCCUCUAAGCCUUCCACUGAAACCCGACGCAGCCAUAACAUGUCCCCAAAGAUUGACAGCGAAAGUGUUUACACUUCAUCUGAUAAAUUCAGUCACGCCCAGUUCAGUUCCAAUAAACAGCAUUCCAUCUCUAGCUGUGAUGUUCAGCAAGUCCCACAUGUUAGCCAGCCCUUCCAUCAAAAACACCAUAGUGACAAAAGCACUUUUUAUCCUCAGCCCUGGACCACAUCCUCAGCAAAGCCACAGAGUGUAGGUGGUUACUAUAGCAGCUUACAGGAGCUGCCUACUAACGGCUCCACACCACACUUGAACCAGAAGCGGAACUUGAGCACCGCCUUGUCCUCCACAACCACUGACCAAAACACUGAGAGCAGUGGACAUAGCCGAUAUUACUGCUUCACUACUUGUCAGCCCACAAAGCCCAACUCCCCGUCUUUCUCAGGAAUACCAGAGGACAGGAAGAGUGUGUCAGGUGUGGAUCUAACAGAGACUGGAAAUGAUUGGAGCUCUGUUAGCCCACAGACCGUCACUAAACUCAAAUAUCCUCUGACCCAACACUCCUCACACAGUAAAGAUGGUAACAUGUACAGCAAGCUCCAAGUAACUAAUGUACCAGAAGACUCUGCACCAAAACCCAGCUCUAAUGAAAGGGGAGGCCAGAAAGGACACAAUACACAAAUUUCAGAACCCUCACACAUCAGUAAUCCUCCAAACAGACCGUCUUUGCCACCUCAGCUCAGAGAAUUGCCCCAAGACCUCAAACAUAACAGCCAGUCAAGCAACAAGAUCUGCCCCCAGGCGACGCCGAUGCUUCAUUCUCUCUCCAUGGAUGCUGCAGGCCUAGAGGAGUCCCCUGAAAGCAAGCAGAUGAUGCGCAGCAACCGAUUUGCCACCACGCUAAGAAAUGAAAUCCAGAUGAGGAGAGCAAAGUUGCAGAAAAGUAGAAGUGCAGCUGCUCUUCCUGGUGCAGAAUGUGAGCCGGAGGAAGAUCAAGAUGUCAGGAACUCCACUGAAAGUUCCACCCCAACAUCUGCAGAUGGCUCUUUCUCCAACACCUAUAAAGAUCAUUUGAAGGAAGCACAAGCAAGGGUGCUGAUGGCUACCUCUUUCAGAAGAAAAGAUCUAGAGCCUGUUUUACUCGAGCACUCCACCGCUGAGUCUCUGCCCAGCUACCAAUCCUCAACACAUGUUCACAAAGAUGUGAACCCUCUGCCGACAGUCACAGAGUCAGUAGCAAGUAAUUCAGGACUUUUCAGCGGCCAUGUAACUCGCAUUGGUGGCCGGAAGCGCUUCCCUGCAGAAAAGAAGGUUAGAUCUUUCUCUGAACCAGACAAAAUCCAUCUUUUUGGGGUUAAUGAAUAUGCAGCUCAAACCGAAACAGGAAACUCCUCUCUAGAUCAGCAAAAACUCUUGAAAGAAAUUGUGAAACCAGGAUUCUUCAAUCAAACAUCCCUUCAAAGCCAUACCAAGAUCCAAGGCCAAGAUCUUGCUGCUUGCAGUGCAACAGUAGACAUACUGGAAGGCAUCAUGGGCAGUGAGUACACUGAGGACGCCCCUAGUGUUCCUUACGCUACGCAGUCCAGCCAAGAUCAGCAUAGAUUGGGCACAUUUGCUGAAUAUGAGGCAAGGUGGAAUAUACAGAGGAAACCUCCAGAGAAAAAAGCUUCUGGACGAUACCGAUCAGCUGACAACAUACUGGAUCCAGGAUCAGAGGACAGAACCAAGAGCACCUGUUUUCAUGAGAGAUCGCGAUCAUCACCUUCAGCAGACAUCUAUGGCCAGAAACUUCCAGUUCCUUCAAGAAAGUCUGACACAGUAUAUUCCCAGACGGAGAGUAAACCUGCUGGACCGCUCAGCCCUGACACCAGGUUCUCUGACAGUGCUCCAGGUGACUGCAAAGUGCAAGAAAAGCCAGCAGAGUUUGAAAAUUACCCUGCGACACCCACUCCACCCAUGACAGGAGCCAAUCCCGACUGCACACAGAGAGCUGCUCCUGGCACUGUGAACCACAGACCCAAGUCGUUUUCUCAGAGUCUCACUGAGCCCAGCCCCUCUCAGCCUGUAGACCACAAUCACGCAGAGCUGCCGUCUGGACCGAGGUGGAAGCCCUCUGUGCUAGAGAAGCCUCCCCCUACCACAUGUUGGGAGGUUAACUCCCACGAAUCCCUCACCAGUUCCCAGAGGGAAGCCUUUGGCCAGUUUUCCCUUAAGAUUGAACCUAACUCAGCUUUUUACCCCACCCACUCUGGAAAGGGAGACUCCGAGCAGGGCAAGGGACUUGUGGAGAAAGGACAAGGGGCAGUACAUCAUUUGUCAGUAUCCAAUCCUCAGCCUCCCUCCUCUCCCCCAGCUUCCUCCUACAGACCUUUAGGGCUGUCCAGCAUGGAGGGGCAACGCUCACCCUCUCCACAGUUUUCCCCACAGAGACUCAGCGACAGGCCUCCAGUCUCCCUUCAGGAUGAGGAAUCAAACAGGAUGGAGCGUGUGAUAGAAAACCAGAAUUCUACAGUAAGAAAGGUUCCUAUCAGGAUUGUCCACUUAGAAGGAAACGCAGAGAAGGAGAAUUAUCCGUUAUUGCACCAAAGUGACCUCCAUCCCGUUGAAGCUGAAGGUCAUGGCCUGACCAGGCUCGGCAGUCUGGGAACUGCUGGGCAGGACUCAGUCUUCUGCGCAUUCACCCGGCAGAAGGAGCCCGACAAUACCCCAGAUACUCAGACACAGCAAAUGCCUGAGAGAGACGCCUACAUGAUUGCUGUGGUAGAUCAGUCGAGCUGCAAGAGUCCACAGCCCACAGAUGAGCGCAGCAGCAACCGGGCAGCUGUAACCACUGAGGAGGAGGACCAGAAGAGAGAGGAGCUGGCCCGGGACAUCAUGGGAAAGGAUAAGUCACUGGCUGAUAUUCUGGAUCAGCGCAAGAUGAAGACUACAAUGGAUUUGAUGGAGGGUAUUUUCCCUCAGGGGGAGCAGCUGUUGGAAGGAGCUCACCAGCGCAGGAAGGUGCAGACCAAACAGCCAAACUCGCGGCCUGUUGAGGAGAGGGAAAAAGAGGACAGCAUGGCAGCAGCUGUCACCAUGGUGACCAGUUCUACAUAUUACAGCACAUCUGCUCCCAAAGCCGAACUCCUCAUCAAGAUGAAGGACAUGCAGGAACAGAAUGAGGAGGAAGACUCUGAGGAUGAGCUGGACAUCGAUUUGGCCAACAAGAAGCAAGAGCUUAUCGACAGCCUCAGCAAGAAGCUCCAGGUGUUGCGAGAAGCACGGGAGAGCCUUCAGGAGGACAUCCUGGACAACAAUGCCCUGGGAGACGAAGUGGAGGUCCGAGUCCAGCAGGUCUGCAAACCCAACGAGCUGGACAAGUUCAGGAUGUUUGUCGGGGAUUUGGACAAGGUGGUGAGCCUGCUGCUGUCCCUCUCGGGUCGUCUGGCCAGAGUGGAAAACGCCCUCAAUAGUCUGGAGGAGGAUGCUACUCCUGAGGAGAGGCGUACAUUGAUUGAAAAGAGGAAGCUGUUAAUUCGACAGCACGAGGAUGCAAAGGAGCUGAAGGAGAACCUGGACCGCCGGGAGAAUGUGGUUUAUGACAUCCUGGCUAACUACCUUCCAGAGGAGAGCCUUACAGACUAUGAGCACUUUGUGAAGAUGAAGUCUGCGCUCAUCAUCGAGCAGCGCAAGCUUGAGGACAAAAUCAAACUGGGCGAGGAGCAGCUGAAAUGUCUGAUGGACAGCCUGCCUAUUGAACAGAGGCUGGUCUUGUGAAAACAGUCGAUACUGGUCGGACAGGAAUGACCGGAACUGAAUGGAAAAAUUUUUGCGGCCACUAAGUUGCACUUAACCCUGUGGCCAGCAGAGGGAGACAAAGAUCAGAUCCUGUAGACAGAACGUCUGUCUGAGACCAGGGGAUUUUUUUAACAUUAAGAGCAUGUCAUACACAUCACGUUUUUGUUUGUUUGUUUUUAUAACUGGAUUAAAAUGUUAGCGCCACUUGGACUGAAAGUAACUCCUUUUUUGAAAGAUGCUGCUUUUUGUAGCAUUGACCAACCACUAUCUAAUGUUUUGAAUGCCAGUUUUGCUUUGUUAUGUUGCUUUUUUUUUUUUUUUUAGUAAUUUAUUUUAGCCUUUUGGAUCCACACAGAAGGGGACAGUAUAUUGUUAUGAGCUGAAAUGAGUAAUCAUGCUACCUGAUGCUGUGUGCUACAUGCUAGCAAGCUUAUCCAUCAUGUUUUCUAUUUUCUUCUGUAACCUUUAUCACAUACAUGAUCUGUAAAAUCCAAAUAUUUCAGUCUACUCAACUCAAAUCAACCUCCCACUGA